UUAGUCCCUUCUUUCUACAGAAAUAGGAAGGUCGUUGAUUAUUCACAGUUUCAGGAGUCUGAUGAUGCAGAUGAAGACUAUGGAAGAGAUUCAGGACCUCCCACCAAGAAAAUCCGAUCAUCUCGAGAAGCUAAAAAUAAGAGGCGGUCUGGAAAGAAUUCACAGGAAGACAGUGAAGACUCAGAAGAAAAAGAUGUGAAGACCAAGAAGGAUGAUUCUCAUUCAGCAGAGGACAGUGAAGAUGAAAAAGAUGAUCAUAAAAAUGUGCGCCAGCAGCGGCAGGCAGCAUCUAAAGCAGCUUCUAAACAGAGAGAGAUGCUGAUGGAAGAUGUGGGUAGUGAGGAAGAACAAGAAGAAGAGGAUGAGGCGCCAUUCCAGGAGAAAGAUUCCGGCAGUGAUGAAGAUUUCCUAAUGGAAGAUGAUGAUGAUAGUGACUACGGCAGUUCAAAAAAGAAAAACAAAAAGAUGGUUAAGAAGUCCAAACCUGAGAGAAAAGAAAAGAAAAUGCCCAGACCCAGGCUAAAGGCUACAGUGAUGCCAAGUCCAGUGAAAGGCAAAGGGAAAGUGGGUCGCCCCACAGCUUCCAAGGCAUCAAAGGAAAAGACUCCUUCUCCCAAAGAAGAAGAUGAGGAGCCCGAAAGCCCUCCAGAGAAGAAGGCAUUGGCAAGCCCCCCACCUGAGAAGUCUGGGGAUGAAGGGUCUGAAGAUGAAGCCCAGUCUGGGGAGGAUUAAAAGUGCUCAUGGUUUGGGGAGAGAUUUUAUUAAAAAGAAAACGAAAAAAAAAAAGAAAAAAAGGGGAAGAAAGAGAACCUGCUUAAGAUAGAACAUGGUUUUGGCUAUGGCUUGACUCAUGGGCUUUCAGUGCUUUUUUCUAUUUGUUAAAAAUAAUUUCUUCCUCCCCAUCUCCCCUCUCCUCCUUCCUCUCUCUUUCCCUUUCUCUCUUCCUCUCCUCCAGAACACCAUUGUAUACAGAAGUGUUUAAGUUACCUUUGUGUUUGCUGGUCUUCUCUUUGCCACCACCCCCAUUUCCCAAUGAAAGCCAUGUCAGAUUUAUCACUGGAUUGACUGCUUCAUCCUUUUCUCUGUAACGGAAGAUGUACCACAUGUGCAAAGCAAUACGAUUUGAGAUGAAGACUGUGGGAACUUCGCUUUUGGCUAAAAUGAUAGCAAGUUGAACAGUAACCGAAAAACAUAGAAAGAUUUUAGUUAAAAAUAAUUGCUUCUUUCUCUGCUUGGACUUCUAAAAAAUCAGUUGUCCUCUAAUAUGAGAUUAUAUGUCUAUAUA